GUCGACUUGCAAAUUCCAUCUGGGAAAUUAGUCGCGGUGGUCGGCCAAGUAGGCUCCGGGAAAUCCUCCCUGCUUUCGGCCUUCCUUGGCGACAUGGAGAAAGUUUCAGGCCUCGUCAAUGUUGAUGGCGAGGUGGCAUACGUCUCUCAGGAAGCUUGGAUUCGAAAUGCUCCAAUAAAGGACAAUAUAUUAUUUGGGAAAGCAUAUGACGAGGCUUUCUACUUGGACAUUAUGUCAGCCUGUGCUCUGGAGGAAGACCUGGCCACUUUUCCUGCUGGCGAUAUGACUGAAAUUGGGGAAAAAGGCAUUAAUCUGAGUGGAGGACAGAAGCAGAGAGUGAGUCUCGCCAGGGCAGUCUACAGCGAUGCGGAUGUUUUCUUCAUGGAUGACCCUCUCAGUGCUGUUGACAGUCAUGUGGGAAAGCACCUCUUCCAGCAAGUCAUCGGUCCCCGGGGACUCCUCAAGAAAAAAUUCUUGUUCACACAGACACGAGUACUCGUGACGCACGGAAUUUCGCACCUCCCACAAAUGGACCUAAUCAUCAUGAUGAAAGACGGCAAAAUCGUAGAAACAGGAACUUAUCGAAAGUUGGUUCAAGGAAAAGGAGCAUUUUCGAAUUUUGUCCUCCAGUUCCUUUCCGAGGAGGAAGGAGAUGAUUCAGAAGGUCUGUCCAUGAUGCCACCACCUUUUUAUAAUGGUCGGCUCAUCGAGGAGGAAAUGGCAGAGAAAGGGCGGGUGAAGUGGCGAGUGUACGCCUACUUCCUGAAGAGCAUGGGCCUCCAUUUGUCCCUGGUGUCGAUUUUCAUGUACGGAAUCAGCGAAGGAUUUCUGAUGGGUUCCAACAUGGCACUCUCCAGAUGGGCCGAUGAAGCCUCGCUGAAUCGCUCCAUGGAAGCAUCCCAAAGAGAUGCACACAUCGGAGUGUACACGGCGCUUGGAGUCUGCUACGCUGGUACAUUCGCAUUGGCCUCCGUCAUGCUGUGGACUUUGGUUUGCGUCGCUGGGCGAAAACUCCAUCGGAAUUGCCUCCAAAAUAUCCUGAGAAACCCUUUAAAAUUCUUCGAUACGACUCCGACGGGACGGAUUUUAAACAGAUUCUCUCAGGAUAUUUCAAGCGUGGACGAAGGCAUCACUCAACCCAUGGAAGAUGGAGUGAGUUGUGCAUUUGAGGUAAUAUGCGCCGUAAUGGUGAUUGCGUAUAAUUUCCCUUGGUUCCUCGUGGCUGUAGUCCCCAUCUUCACUGUUUACUACCUAGCCCAGAACAUGUACGUCUCAACAGCCCGCCAACUGCGACGACUCGAAGCGAUCUCGCGAUCCCCCAUCUACUCCCAUUUCGGCGAGACCGUGGCCGGAAUCUCCUCCAUCCGCGCAUACAGACGAGAGCGACAAUUCAUCAGAGAAUCAGAGGAAGGCGUCGAUAACAAUAACAAGUGCCAAUAUCCGCUGAUCACAUCUCUCAGUUGGCUGAGGGUCCGACUUGAGGCACUGGGCGGCAUUAUAACAUUCGUAGCGUCCAUCCUCGCCGUCUUCGGAAGAGAUUCCUUGAGCCCUGCCCUCGCUGGUCUGUGCAUCACCUACGCCAUGUCUCUUUCGAAACCGUUCAACUGGCUGGCGCGCAUGAUGGCUGAGGUAGAAACAAGCAUCGUGGGCGUGGAAAGAAUCAAAGAAUACUGCGAGACACCAGUCGAGGCCCCGUGGGAGAUCCCGGAGAAGAAACCGAAGGAUGGCUGGCCUCAGGAAGGAACUAUUUCCUUUCGGGAUUACCAGACAAGGUACCGAGAGGGUCUGGAGCUAGUUCUCAAAGGUAUCUCCAUCGACAUAAAAGGUGGAGAAAAGGUGGGUGUCGUGGGGCGAACAGGCGCCGGAAAGACUUCCCUCAUGCUGGGGCUCUUCCGUGUCAUCGAGAAGGCGGGGGGAGAGGUCAGGAUCGAUGGCAUUGACAUCAGUCAAAUGGGGCUGCAUGAUCUUCGCUCGAACCUGACGAUAAUCCCUCAGGACCCUGUGCUGUUCUCCGGAAGCCUCCGCGCCAACCUGGAUCCGUUCGAGAAGCACACCGACGAUGAAAUAUGGAGGGCCCUGGAGCUGUCGCACCUCAAGGCCUUUGCGAAGGAACUCCCACAGGGGCUUCAACAUCCUGUGGCAGAGGGAGGUCAGAACCUCAGUUUCGGCCAGAGACAACUCAUUUGUCUUGCGAGGGCGCUGCUGAGGAAGAGUAAAAUCCUUGUUCUAGAUGAAGCGACGGCUUCCGUCGACCUCGAGACGGACGAACUCAUUCAACAAACAAUUCGCAGGGAAUUCAAGAGCUGCACAGUCCUCACUAUUGCGCAUCGUAUCAACACCAUCAUGGAUUACGACAGGGUGCUGGUCCUGGACGGAGGAGAAAUCAGGGAAUUCGAUUCGCCGACCAAUCUCCUCCGCGAUUCGGAGUCCAUGUUCCUGGCCCUAACGAGGGACGCGGGAAUCAGUUGA